UUGACUUACAAUUGUCACCCAUUUUACUCUUGGAAAUAAAACAAAACCGUUGUCUCUUAACAUUAUCUUUUCAUUGUUAUUUCUUGAAGAUGUAUCAUCAUCGUUCGAGUUGCUUCGCCUCAGCACCACUGUUACUGCUUAUUCACGACUUCCUCCUUGCUUCCUUCUUCGACACGGCAGCGACGCAGAUCGGAUCGUUCAAACCGGAUUUUCGGAUCUUUCUUACGCCGGUUAUAGAGUUUUUGGUAAGCAAGAAAUCUCCUCUGCUCGUGAACAUGUACACUUACUUCAUCUACGUUAACAACAUGGGAGCCGUCAGUUUGGAGUACGCUCUGUUAACUUCAAAUAAGACUGUAGUCAGUGACGGGUCGAACUCAUACGGAAACCUCUUCUUCUUACUCCUGGACACUGUCUACGCAGCACUGGAGAAAUCAAGAGCUGGAUCAGUGAAGAUAGUGGUGUCGGAGACCGGUUGGCCAACAUCGGGAGGAACCGCUGCGAGUGCGGACAAUGCAAGAACUUAUGUGAACAAUUUGAUACGAAUUGUGAAGACUGGAUCUCCAAGGAGGCCAGAGCUGCCUAUCGAGACUUAUUUAUUGUUGGAUUUUGAUGUCAGUUUUCAGAAUAAUUGUUAAGCUGAUCUCUCGGCAUCAAGGUUUGGACAUAGGAGAGGAUUCAUUUGUGUUUCAAAAAAAAAAAAAGGAGAGGAUACAUUAUGUUUGUUAUAAACUAAAGAGAAUGUGGAGAGUGAUUUGUGAGAAAGUUGUGUGUCUUUCUCAUUAGCCAACACCACAAUAUAUAGUGGUUUAAUACAAGGGUUUACAAAUGUUUACAAGGAAUAAAAUCUACACAUUGAUUACAUU